AUGAACAAUAACAAUCCGUAUGUGGGAAGCUGGAAAACUAAACACAAGUGUGUAAAGUUGUUGUUGUUGCUGGUGGCAUGUGUUCAGUGGGGAGCAGAGAACGGUUCUUCGGCCUCAUAUGCACCUGGCACAGUGUUGGACAUACAACUCGGCGAUGUGGUUAUCGAGCAGUUCUCCUAUAUACCCACUCGAGGAGGCUACGAGUUCGGUUACACCUUGCCCAAUGGAACACAUCGCGAGGAGGUUGGCGAGUUGCUUAACGAUCGCUCUGCCAGCGAGGACCUACAGAAUGCCAAUAGCCUUAAUCGCAACGAUCGACCCUCGCGGCGACCAGGUCUUAAAAAUCGAAAACUUUCACCUAAAUCGCUUGCAUCGUUGGCUGGAUGA